AUGGGCCCUCUCUUUCCAACACCCUGCAUUGUCCUCCUCGUCCUCCACGCCACCUUGUCACCAGCCUCCCUCAGUCCCGAGGAUUACGUCGCGGACGAGGCAGAGCGAACUGCCAACAGCGACAACAUAAUUUUCGACGAUUACCGGGGGAAAGUUUGCGUGGACGACAGUGGCUUCGUUUACAAACUGGGGGAGCGUUUCUUCCCAGGACACUCGAACUGCCCAUGCGUGUGCACUGAGGAUGGGCCAGUGUGCGACCAGCCGGAAUGCCCCAAGAUACACCCUAAGUGCACAAAAGUGGAGCACAAUGGAUGCUGUCCUGAAUGCAAGGAGGUUAAAAACUUUUGUGAAUACAGGGGGAAAACUUACAAGAUCCUGGAGGAAUUUAAGGGUUCCCCGUCCGACGAUGAGGGGACCAGUCCGCCCGCCGUCGCGCCCGUACUACCCCCGGUCCUACCCCCGGUCCUACCCCCAGCCUCUGCAGCGCAGCUCCAAUCAAGAACCAGGAAAUAUAGGCCUUCGCCUUGUGAGUGGUGUCGCUGUGAACCAAAUAACGAGGUGCACUGUGUGGUCUCUGACUGUGCCGUCCCAGAGUGUGUCAACCCAGUCUACGAGCCAGAACAGUGCUGUCCCGUCUGUAAAAACGGUCCAAAUUGCUUUGCCGGAACGACGAUCAUCCCAGCCGGUAUUGAAGUGAAGGUAGAUGACUGCACCAUUUGCCGCUGUCACAAUGGGGACUGGUGGAAGCCAGCACAGUGCCUGCGCCGGGAGUGCCUCAAUGGCCAGACGUUGUCAUAGAAACCCCGGUGGGGACGGUGUCGGUGACGUGCAGCCAGGGAGCGGUCCUGCCUGCUGCAAAGGCAAAC